AUGGAGUUUGUGCCAUCGCCUGCAGUGCAUCGAGUGCUGUGCGCUGACUGUGGAACCCCCAUCGUACCCAACUCGGCGAACUUGUGCGUCAAUUGCUUGCGCAAUACGGUAGAUAUCACGGAGGGGAUCCCUAAGCAAGCAUCUGUAUCAUAUUGCCGAAACUGUGAACGUUUUCUCUCGCCGCCUCUAGCAUGGACUAUUGCACGACCCGAAUCUCAGGAGCUCCUUGCCAUUUGCCUAAAAAAAUUGAAGGGUCUCAAUAAGGUUCGAUUGACUGAGGCUCAUUUCAUCUGGACGGAGCCGCAUUCCAAGCGUUUGAGAGUAUCGCUGACGAUUCAGAAAGAGGUCCUUACAUCGACUAUCUUAGAACAAAUUUUUGAGAUUGAAUAUCUCGUCCAGCACGGACAAUGCCCUGAUUGUACGAAACUAGCAGCCAAAAAUACCUGGAAGGCUCUUGUACAAGUCCGCCAGAAAGUGCCGCAUAAGCGCACGUUCUUAUAUCUGGAACAGCUUAUCUUGAAACACGGCGCGCAAAAGGAUACGAUCUCCGUGAAGGAGGUCCGAGAUGGUCUAGACUUUUUUUACAGCCAACGAAAUCAUGCUCUCAAAAUGGUAGAGUUUCUGGCUAGUGUGGUUCCGAUCCGCACAAAAUCAUCUGAGCGCUUGCUCUCUUCUGAUACCCACACCAACACGGCGACCUUCAAGCACACCUAUUCAGUUGAAAUCAUCCCCAUAUGUAAAGACGAUCUUGUCGUUCUUCCACCAAAGCUUGCGAGAUCCUUGGGAAGCAUUAACCCACUGACGGUCUGCACGCGUGUGGGCAACUCAAUACAUCUACUAGAUCCUGCUACCCUUCAAUCAUGCGAAGUGACGUCGGCAAUGUAUUGGCGGACGCCCUUCGAAGCGCUUGCCACUACUUCGGAGCUUAGCGAAUUUACCGUUCUUGAUAUUGAGGCUUCUGGAUUGGCUCGGGGAAAGGUAGUGCUUGCUGAUGCGCAAGUAGCUAUGUCGGGCGCAUUCCGAUCGACUGGCAUGCAAGAAGAUGACGGAAUGAUGGACUACGAGAGCGCAUCCGCUGUAAACCAGAUCUUCCACACACGGACCCACCUGGGAGCGAUCCUUCAACCAGGCGAUAGCGCAAUGGGCUUCCAUCUCAGUCACGCCAACUUCAAUUCCGACGAUUACGCCAACUUGCCACAGGACCGCAUCCCCGACAUCAUCCUGGUUAAGAAGGCAUAUCCAAACCGUCGGAAGAAGACGAAGACGAGAAGCUGGAAGUUGCGGAGUAUCGCAAUGGAGGCGGGAGAAGAAGGCGAAACUGGAAGCGGGCGUGGCGUGGUUGGAAGGAUGGGUGGGCGCGAUACCAAGAAGGUGGAGCAGGAUUAUGAGCUGUUCUUGCGCGAUCUAGAGGAGGAUCCGGAGAUGCGUGGGAUGGUCAACCUAUACAAGACAGAGGGUAUGAAGAGCGAAAAGGCAGGAUCUGGGUUAGCGGGUGGCAAGACGAGGAGAAAGGUUCAAUCUGCGAUGGACGUAGACGACGGCCACGGUGAAGCCGAGGUUGAGAUGGAUGGUGCCCCGGAGGAGGAGGAAGAGGAAGCUGAUUUCCCCGAAGUGAAACUGGACGAGUUAUUAGAUAACUUCGAUGAGAUGACGCUGGGCGAUGGCGAUGGCGAUGGUGACGGCGAUGGCGGUGAGACUGAGGAAUUGUAG